AUGCGACGACCAUCCCCUCGUCUAAGGGCGCCGGGCGAGGACGGGGCCCCCAGCGAGGGCGUGUGGGCGCACCGCGCUGUGCUGGCGGCCAGCUCGCCGUACUUCCGCGCCAUGUUCACGCAGUUCGACGAGCGCACGCAGCCCACCGUCACCAUACAGAACGUGGAACCACACGCUCUUCAAGCAAUCGUUGAGUAUAUUUACAAUCCAGACUCGCUUGUCAUCACUGAAGAUAAUGUGCAGAGCGUGCUGUCUGCGGCGUCGCUGGUGCAGGUGGCCGGCGUGCGCAGCGCGUGCGCACGCUCCCUGGCCGCCGCGGUGGCGCCGGACAACGCGCUCGGCAUCCGCGCCUUCGCCGACCUGCACGCCUGCAGCGACCUCGCGCUCUGCGCCGCGCGCUACGUGCAUCGCCACUUCGUAGAGGUGUUAGAGACUGAGGAGUUCCUCGCUCUCGCUCCGGAAACAUUGGCGCAGCUGCUAGACAGCGAUCGCAUUAUGGUGCCGAACGAAGAAGUAGUUCUAGAUGCGGUUAUUCGGUGGAUGCAACAUAAUCCAGAUGAACGGCAGCAGCACCUGGGUGCGCUACUGGAGCACGUUCGGCUGCCGCUGCUGGCACAGGAUGUGCUGGUGGCGCGUGCCGCCGCCGAGCCGCUCGCCAGCGCCGGCCUGCGCGUCAAGGACCUGGUGAUCGAGGCGCUGUCGUUCCACCUGCUACGGCCCGAGCGGCGCGCUGCUGCCGCCGCCGCCAGCGCGCGCGCGCGCCCGCGUCAGCCACCGCGCGCGCCCAAGUAA